UCCUCAGUGAGAAAUUUGUAUUGCAGGGGGUGGCCGAGACAGGCCACUGGCUCCAUAAUCCACAGCUGUUGUAAGAGAUGACAGAGAGUGUGCAGACGAGCACAGGCAUGGCCUCACGCUUGUUUGUAGCACUGCAGACAUUUCCCUGUGAAGCCCAGACCACAACUCCUGGGCUCCUUCUCACACACAUUCUCCUGUUUUCUCCUCAGGGAACAGCUCCUCAGUGUUAGUGAUGACUGUAGGUAACAGCUCUGUUCUCACCUGCCCUGUCAAAGGAAAUCUAACUAUGCUAACAUGGAGGAUAACCCCCACGGCUGGAGGCCUGUGCACCUUGGUAUACAGGGUUGAUAAGAACGCGACACACAGAACAACCUGCAGUGACAACAUAGACUGGACAUUCAGAGCAGGUCUGCCUCCUGCCCUUGAGAUACAGCAAGUGGGAAUAGCCCAGGAGGGAAAUUACACCUGUGAAAUGGUAUCAACAGAAGGGAAUUUCCACAUAAGCCACUACCUGACUGUGCUGGCUCCCCCAAGGCUGAGCCUGUCCUGUGAUGAGCAGGGCAGCCCCGUGUGCGAGGCAGUGGCGGGGAAGCCGCCGGCUCAGCUCUCGUGGGUGCCAGAGGGCAGCUCCACUGCAGAGGAGAAGUGCCACGACAAUGGGACAGUGACUGUCCUCAGCAAGUUCACAGCGUGUAGCACCAAUGUCACCAACGUGACCAUCUGCAUGGUGUCCCACCCAGCUGGGAACUGGAGCCAGUCCAUAGCCUGCUGUCCCUCAGAUUUCUAUCACUACCCUGCUGCCUCUCACCCUCUCCUGGUGAAGCCAAUACACUGCUGUAAAUCCCUGCCUGAUGAGGUUUCUGUAGGACACCAGCAGGAUGCAGACAAUGAUUCUGCUGGCUCAGCACCAUGA